AGGGAAGUAAAAAUGGCAAAGGUAUUCGCACUCGUUGCCUCCGUCCUCUGCCUCUUGGCCCUGUCUGGAUUUGCCCACGCCGCUGGCAAGAAAAAAGACGGCAAGUUCACCGUCGAAGGCAAGGUUUAUUGCGACCCAUGCCGCGUCCAAUUCGUCACCAAGAUAAGUCAAUUCCUCGAAGGUGCGCAUGUGGUCCUACUAUGCAAAGAUGAGGAGACCGGAAACGUGACAUACUCAGUUAAUGGGCAAUCCGGAAAAGAUGGAAGCUACAGUCUAAAGGUAGAAGGAGAUCAUGGUGACGAGAUUUGUGAGGUGAAGGUGGCGACAAGCCCCCAACCUGACACCUGCGGUGAAGCCAUGGAUGAAACAGCCCCGGUCACCCUCACCGAUAACGGCAUGUCAACCGAUAUUCGCUACGCUAAUUACAUCGGCUUCAUGAAGAAAGACCCUGACGCCGAGUGCCCCAAAGUGCUCGAGGAGUUGGGUAUCUACGCAGAUGAUCCUGAUGAGGAAGCGGCCCCUGAAGAACCUGAAAAUUAAAUUAAAUAAGCUAGCCACAUCAUUUCCAUGAAUGUCAUAACAACAAUCCACUUCUCUUGCAUGUAUCAACGUGCAUGUAUGGCAAUUUAAUUGCUAUAUUUGCAGUUAUAAUGAUAACAAGUACUUGAGUUAAUAAUUCCAUUUUAUUAUAAUGUUUUGGCCUUAAUUUU